CUCCAGGCUUCAUCCCUGCCGGCCGGCCCGUCCCGUCCCGUCCCUCCAGCACACACAGAUUACUGCCAGUAUGGUGGGUCUGAAGCCGUCAGAUGUUCCUCCUCCUCUGACUGUGAAGGUGUUGAGUGCAGGAACGGCCGCCUGCAUCGCUGACCUCGUCACCUUCCCGCUGGACACGGCCAAAGUCCGCCUGCAGAUCCAGGGGGAGAAAGCGGUGACAGGAGCCGCUAAAGGCAUCCGCUACAAAGGUGUUUUCGGGACCAUCAGCACCAUGAUGAGGACGGAGGGUCCGCGCUCGCUCUACAACGGCCUGGUCGCCGGCCUACAGAGACAGAUGGCCUUCGCCUCCAUCCGCAUUGGCCUCUACGACAACGUCAAGAGCUUCUACACGCGUGGAAAAGACAACCCUAAUGUGGCGGUGCGAAUCCUGGCGGGCUGUACUACCGGAGCGAUGGCCGUGUCCAUGGCUCAGCCCACAGACGUGGUAAAGGUGCGUUUCCAGGCCCAAAUGAACCUCCAGGGUGUGGGCAGACGAUACAACGGCACCAUGCAGGCCUACAGGCAGAUCUUCCAGCUUGAGGGACUCCGUGGUCUCUGGAAAGGAACUCUGCCGAACAUCACGAGGAACGCUCUGGUCAACUGCACAGAACUGGUGUCUUACGAUCUGAUCAAAGAGGCUAUCCUUAAACACAGACUCCUGUCAGACAAUCUCCCGUGUCACUUUGUGUCUGCGUUCGGCGCGGGCUUCAUCACGACGGUGAUCGCGUCUCCUGUGGAUGUGGUAAAAACACGGUACAUGAACUCUCCACCGGGACAGUACAGCAGCUCCACCAACUGCGCCUGGACCAUGCUCACUAAAGAGGGACCCACAGCUUUCUACAAAGGUUUUGUCCCGUCAUUCCUGCGGCUGGGCUCCUGGAACGUGGUGAUGUUCGUGUCGUUUGAGCAGCUCAAACGGGCCAUGAUGGUGUCCAGAAACAGAAUCGAAGCCGCUGCGUAGAUGUUAAAUACCAUGCUAAACACACAAACGGACUCAGACGAGCGGCUAAUUCAACAUCUGACAGAGCGACGAAGACCACAGCAUGUGAAUUAUUUGUGGACAGGAAAACAGUAUUGAUGAGUUCAGCGUAGCAUUUCAUAGAAACAAACCUUUUCUCCUUCAGUUCUUCAUCACUACAGUUGAAGGCAAAUAUUUUCUUUAUGUUUUUGUAAUAUUUCCAAAGUGCUGUUUUUUUCCAACACAUUUAAUAACUCAAAACUGAUUUCUUUGAUCUUUGCCAUAAUGACAGUAUGUCAUAUUUUACAAGAUAUUUUACAAGACACUAGUAUCCACAGCCAUCUUACUCUGCAGCCCAAGACUGGUUACUCACUCAAGCUAAGCAGGCCUGAACCUGGCCAGUACAUGGAUGGGAGACCACAUGGGAAAACUAGGUUGCUGUUGGCAGUGGUAUUAGAGAGGCCUAGUCCUAGAGUCCUAAUGCCCCAGUAUAGUGAAGGAGACAUCAUACUGUCAGUGAGCGCCGUCUUUCGGAUGAGACGUUAAACUGAGGUCUUGACUCUAUGCGGUUAUUAAAAAUCCCAUGGGACUUCUCGUAAAGAGCGGAGAUGUAACCCCGGUGUCUUGGCCAAAUUCCCUCCACCGGCUGUUAUCCCUAAUCUGCCCCAUGCACCGAAUUGGCUCUAUGACUGUCUCUCCAAUCGAUCUGCAGCUGGUGUGUGGUGUCCUGUGGCCGCCGUUGCAUCAUCAAAGUGGAUGCUGCACACUGGUGGUGGUGUGGAGAGACCCCCCCUUCCCCCCUCCCCUCAUGAUUGUGAAGUGCUUUGGGUGUAUGGCUAUACAUGACGAAUGUGCUAUAUAAAUACACACAUUAGAUUCAGCUUAAAGAGACAUGUAAAAAGUUCAAUAGUUUUGGUAAUUAGGCAAGUCAUUAAACAGCACUGGUUUGUGCUGUAGUUAAUCAAAGAAAAAAAAAAUUCUCAAGGGGGCUAAUAAUUUUGACCUUAACAAAAAUGUAACUGUUUUAUUUCAGUCAAACUAAAAUAAACUUUCUCCAGAAGAAAAAGCUUGACAGAAAAUACUGUGAGAAAUGUCCUGGCCCUGCUAAACAGCACUUGUGAAAUAUUUUGAAGUGAAUUAAAAGUGUUAAAGGAGUGUGAAUACGUUUGUCUUCAACUGUAAACACUUCUGAAAACCGUGGUGAAGUACAGCGAGUGACCGUGUAAGUGCACAGAUUGACGGAUGUUCAGAAAGGCGCCCCUCCAUAUGUUAAUGUACAUAAUGUUUAUGUGAUAUUUAUGUUUCCUCUUUUUAUUUCUAAAAGCAGUUUGUGCAACUGUUUUAUCUUAUAAAGAUCUAUUUAACCAUAAAUGUUCUCCGACACGUAACCCUGGAAUGAUCUAGAAAGUGAGAUCGCCUCAUUGCUAGAAGCUCAUAAACACCUGAAGAUAAGCUUCAAUAAAACACCUUUAUGGAA